CCUCCAGGUAUACACUCUUGCCCAUCCGGGGUUCACUUCCCAUAUACACCCGCCCUCGUCCUCCAUCCAUUGCUCUUUCGCUCCUCUUACACCUCUUAGUAUAAUCCUACCCCUCUUCUCCCACCUAUACGAUCAUCAUGUCCGCCAAGUCGAUUCUCGAGGCUGAUGGCAAGGCCAUCCUCAACUACCACCUCACCCGUGCCCCCGUUAUCAAGCCUACUCCUCUUCCUCCGUCCUCCACGCACAACCCUCCUCCUAAGCUCGCCUCCCUCCACUUCCCCGAAGACAUCGCCGUCAAGGAUGUCCUCGACCAGGCUGAGGUGCUCUACCCUUGGCUGUUGACCCCCGGAUCCAAGUUCGUGGCCAAGCCCGACCAAUUGAUCAAGAGACGUGGAAAGAGUGGCCUGCUGGCCCUGAACAAGACCUGGGCUGAGGCCAGGGAAUGGAUCGAGGCUCGUGCUGCCAAGGACGUUCAGGUUGAGACCGUCACCGGUGUUCUCCGUCAGUUCCUGGUUGAGCCUUUCGUGCCUCACCCCCAGGAGACUGAGUACUACAUCAACAUCCACUCCGUGCGUGAGGGUGACUGGAUCCUUUUCACCCACGAGGGUGGUGUCGAUGUUGGUGAUGUUGACGCCAAGGCUGAGAAGCUUCUGAUUCCCGUCAACCUGAAGAACUACCCCUCCAACGAGGAGAUUGCUUCUACUCUCUUGAGCAAGGUGCCCAAGGGUGUCCACAACGUCCUGGUUGACUUCAUCUCCCGCCUCUACGCUGUCUACGUCGACUGCCAGUUCACCUACCUCGAGAUCAACCCUCUCGUUGUCAUCCCCAACGCUGAUGCCACCUCGGCUGACGUUCACUUCCUUGAUCUGGCUGCCAAGCUGGACCAGACUGCUGAGUUCGAGUGUGGUACCAAGUGGGCCAUUGCCCGCAGCCCCGCCAACCUGGGCAUGCCCGUCCUUCCCCAGAGCGAGAAGGUCAACAUUGAUGCUGGCCCGCCCAUGGAGUUCCCCGCUCCUUUCGGCCGUGAGCUGAGCAAGGAGGAGAAGUUCAUCUCCGAGAUGGAUGCCAAGACCGGUGCUUCCCUCAAGCUCACCGUCCUCAACGCCAACGGCCGUGUCUGGACCCUUGUUGCCGGUGGUGGUGCCUCCGUCGUGUACGCUGAUGCCAUUGCCUCCGCUGGCUUCGUCAGCGAGCUCGCCAACUACGGUGAGUACUCCGGUGCUCCCACCGAGACCCAGACCUUCAACUACGCCCGCACCAUUCUCGACCUGAUGCUGCGUGCUCCUACCCACCCCGACGGCAAGGUCCUCUUCAUCGGUGGUGGUAUUGCCAACUUCACCAACGUUGCCUCCACCUUCAAGGGUGUCAUCCGCGCCCUGCGUGAGGUCGCCCCCGUCCUCAACGAGCACAAGGUCCAGAUCUGGGUUCGUCGUGCUGGUCCCAACUACCAGGAAGGUCUUAAGAACAUCAAGGCUGUUGGUGAGGAGCUUGGUCUCAACAUGCACGUCUACGGCCCUGAGAUGCACGUCAGUGGUAUCGUCCCUCUUGCCCUUCUGGGCAAGAAGACCGACAUCAAGGAGUUCGGUACUGCGUAGAAAAGGACACAGUUUCUCUGGUUUCUAAUUAAUUUAAUCUUCUAUGAGAAUUUUUUUCUUCUCAAUGCAUGGCAUGAUAUGGUUGUUUACGCUAUCUUGUUAUUUUUAUUGACGGUACAACGGUUUGCCCAGCUUUACACUGCAGGGCAAGUGGAAGAGGGGAGACUCGUUCUGGAGUUGAUGCUGCUUAGACUUGAGAUAGUCGUUAAUAGAACGAUAUGAUCUAUGAC